AUGGAAGGAUGGAGGGGGAGCAAGGAAAGAAACGAGAAAGGAUGGAAGAAGAAAGAAAGGGAUGGAAGAAAGAAAAGGACAAAAGGAGUGGUGAAAGGAAGACAGAGACGGACAGAAAGAGAGAAAGACAGAAAGGGAAGUUGCGAGAGAGGGACAGAGGAAGGAAGAAAAGAAAGAAGGAAAACAGAAAUAAAGAGAAGGAUAAAAGGGGAGAGCGUUAGGAAGGAAGAAAAGAAGAAAGACAGAAAGGUAGGUAGGAGCGAGGGAUGGAGGAAGUUGGGAAGGAAGGAGGAAAGAAAGAAGGACGAAAGGAGAGGGAGGAAGGAAGGGAGAAAGCAGCACCAAGAAAGAACGAACGAGAGCAAAAGAAAUGGAUGGGGAGGCGUGAAGGAGGAAGGAAAUAAGGAAUGGAAGGAUGGACGGGGAGCAAAGAAAGAAACAAGAAAGAAUGUAAAGAAAACCAAAAGAAAGGGAUGGAAGAAAGAAAAGGACAACAGAGGGUGGAGGAAGGAAGACAGAGAGACGGACAGAAUGAGAAAAAGACAGAAAGGGAAGUUAGGAACGAGGGACAGAGGAAGAAAGGAAAGAAGGAAGGAAGACUGA